AGUAUCAAAUAAUUUAGAAAUAUUUCCAAUUCAAAUGGCCUUCAAGUUUUCACUGAUUUCUUACUAUAAAUGUUGAUGUAUUCAGCACAUCUUAUGCCAUCAAAAUAUUUCUCAAAGAAAACACAAAAUCAUGGGUCGGCGAAAAAUCGAGAUGAAAAUGGUGAAGGAUAGUGGCUCGAGGCAGGUCACUUUCUCGAAACGCCGCUCAGGGCUAUUCAAGAAAGCGAACGAGCUCGCUACCCUUUGCGCUGCUCAAGUUGCCAUCGUUGUUUUCUCCCCCGGCGGCAAGCCUUACUCAUUUGGUCAUCCAAGCGUUGAGGCGGUGGCAGAGCGGUUUCUAACUCUGAACCUGAGAUCAAGAGUUUCUAUUCCAAGACAACUUGUUGCUCAGCCUCAGAGAGAGGCUAAAGUUGAAAGGCUCAGUCGACGACUUAAUGCCAUUCUCAACAAGCUGCAGGCAGAGAUGAAGCGAGGAGAGAUGCUCGAUGAGGCGGUCAAGGCGGCUUGUAAAAGAUCCAAGUUCCGAAAACCUAUUAACGAGAUCAAUCUGUAUGAGCUUAUUGAGAUGAGGAAAGCAAUGGGGCAGCUUCGCGAGAGGGUCAAACAGCGAAUGAGCGAGAUUGAAGCAUCAUCUUCUUUGCUGCUCUUGUCCAAAAUGGCUACCAAACAAGCUGAAUCUUAAUAACUUAGUAGUCAAAGUUGCUACAGACACCAUGCUUUUAAAUCUCUGAAUUAAAAACAUACAAGUAGAUCAUGGUGUGUUCUUGAAUAGAAUUGGAUCCAAAUUCCUCAAAUAAAAGCAGAUUAAAAAAAGUACCAGAUCUUAAUAGCCAUCAAAUUCAUGAAUAUUUUCUUGAACAAUGGUCAUAUGAACUAUAAGUCCUCACGGUAAUAACAUAAUGGUGACCUCCAAGCAGUAAAUAACAUAAAAACGAUAGUCAUGUCUGAAUCCAAUUCACCAAUAUAAAUCUUAUAAAUCAUAACCACUGCAUCUAUUCCUACUGAAACAGUGAAUUUCU